AUGAAUACUUUUAUCAACAAUGAAGAGUUCAACAAGAAAAAAGUGAUCUUCAUAAUGGGGGCCACAGGAACGGGAAAAUCCCGUCUCUCUGUUGACAUUGCCACCCAUUUUCGAGGAGAAAUAAUCAACUCGGAUAAAAUGCAAGUUUACAAGGAACUUGAAAUUGUUACAAACAAGAUCACACACGCUGAGAAACAAGGUGUACGACACUAUUUGUUAGAAAAAAUACAGAAGACUCAACGUUUUCCAAUUAUUAUUGGAGGGUCAAAUUCGUAUAUUGAAAAACUUGUGGAAGAUCCUGUGUUCAUGUUCAAAUAUAAGUAUGAUUGUUGCUUUAUUUGGAUUGAUGUUGAGCAAUCGGUCUUGAACCGUAGAGUUGACAUGAGGGUUGAUCAAAUGGUCAAAGCAGGACUAGUAGAUGAGGUACGACAGAUUUUCAUUCUAGAUGCAGAUUACACCAAAGGAAUCCGACGGUCCAUAGGUGUCCCUAAAAGGGACAAAUAUUUAAGGGAAGAAACAAAUAUAGACGGAGAUGAUGAAUCAAAGAAUAUGAUUCUUCAAGCUUCAAUUUCAAGUAUCAAGCGUAAUACUCGUAUGUUAAUUUGUAAUCAACUUGACAAGAUUCAACGUUUAAUAAGCGAGAAAAUAUGGUCAGUGCAUCAUAUAAUUGCUACGGACGUUUUCAAAGAAGAUAAAGAAGAAGAUACUGACGAAGCAUGGACGAAUACUGUUUUGCAACCAUGCCUUGAUAUUGUGUAG